GCUUUGUUCUGAGAAAACUGGGCUUAAUGCAUGUGCGUCCGUCCGCUCAGGCUAAUCAGGGACGACACUUUGCGCCUUGAGUUUCGGUAAGCAGGGACUUCCUUGAAACUAAAAAUACCAUACAAGCGGAAAGUGUCUUUCCUGAUUAGCCUGUGCGGACGGCAGAGGCUAAUAUAUGACGACACUUUACGCACAUGCAUUAAGCCCAGUUUUAGCAGAACGCGGCUUAAAUUAUUAUUUUCGAUCGAUCUUAGUCAGGAGUUUUUAUUUCGCUUGUUUGAAUAUUAAGUAUACCUUCUUUUUGAAUCUAUGGCAAUCUAUCGAAAUUAGUGAUAUGCCAAACUGCGAUCAAGUCCCUUUUAAAUUCAAAUCCAGCUGUAUUUUGAGUUUUAUUACUUUAAUUGAUAAAAGAUAUUUGUCCUUGUGGUAAAAAUUCAAAUAUCAAAAUAAAAGGUAGCAUAUAAGUCAAUUUUAAAACGAAAUACAUGGUUAAGACGUUAUCGGUUAAAAUUUUAUUUAUCGCAAAUGCAAUCGUGUUACAUUUGCUUUUCGAAGUGUAUCACCCGUAAUCCUGUCAAAUACGAUCAAUUUACGUUACGGGAUUCAGAAUGCAUUGUGACUGGUACUAGUCGGUGACCAAGUCUUGUUGAUUUAGUACAUAAACAUACAUUAUUUUAAAUGGUUUUGCGUGCCACACGGGAUAAUUCGGCAAAAUCUUUGUAUUAUUUGGAAAGCCAUUUUUAUAACUACUUUUGAGCAAUUUACUUGAGACGGCACGUUGAUAGAACCUUGUUUUCAUUUAAACGGUUUUUGCAUGACUACCGAAUCGUGUUUAAUCUUUUUUGCAAGGAACUAAAUUUAUGAUAACAAAUCCGGUUGUAAAAGUUUCUUGUAAAGCCGGAUCAGAUUAACUAGGUGUUGACACUGUUGGGCCGAAAUAAAGCAUUGUGUUUGAAUAAACGCUAUGUACAAUAGACUUUGCUUAAUGCGGAGAUACUAUUAUUAAUUUUAAUGAAUUUUAAAUGAAAUUUUAGUUAUAUAUAUGCAUGUAAAAUGAAUAAAGAGAGUGAAGACGUAUGAAAUAUUUUUUAAUGUGGGACUGUUUUACUUACCGUAUUGUUGCAUUAAAUGUUGGGAUUGUGCGAAGUGAUCGGAUAUGUUGCUUAGACAAGGGGUCUUACAGGACGGAAACAAUAUUGUUUAAUUACUUUUACAUAUGUUAUUGUUAUGAAUGCUCGUAAAAGACGAGAACGUGUGUUCUGCAAACCAGGAUCAAGAAUAAUCAGAUUAUGAUCACAACUGAAUAGUUUAAUCAUUUAAAGUCUGUGUUAUCAAUAUCCACACGUAGUUUUAGAUGCAUGUUGUGCAGAAAUUCGAACCGCGCUCAAGACCCAUUUAUAACUUUAAAAUACUCCGAGUGUAGUCCCUGUUUUACACAGAAUCGGGAUAAAUUGAUAACCAAAGCGCGCUUGAUAAACGCUAUAUCAUGUUGUGGUUAACUUAUUGCACACGCUUAGAAGUGCAUUUAGUUGAAUAUUUGCUUGAGCAGAGGUAAUACACUCGCUCGGGGUUAGAAGUUUUCGUAACAUGUCAGUGUUUUGUGUAUUUCUCUUGGAUGGUCAUAUACGUUGACUUUUCCGCCCACUGGAUGUUUGCAUGCUCGUAAGACGUUAUAAUAUAGUUAACGAUAGUUUUACCUGAAUAAACAAAAUUUGUGAAUCUGGUAAUUAACUGUGUCAUAUUUUGUGGCUGUUGCGAAUAGUGAAACAACUGUAUUAAAUGGAUAUAUAAAAGAACGCAUUAUUUUACCUUUGUGGGAUAAUUGGGCUAUUACUAUAAAUGACCUUGGUGAAAACUGGGUUUUAGCAUGCUUAUUAUGAUAUAGUCAAUGACAGUUUUACCUGAGUGCGUGCAGUUAGUUAAGCUGGUAAUUCAGUGAGUCACUUUAGUGGGUGUUUUGAGUAGUGAAACAACUGUAUCAAAUGGAUAUAUAAGAAUACGCAUUGUCUUUUACCUGACGCGUUUUUAACAUUAUGAAAGACGGACACCUUUGUAAAUCGGGCUUUCAACUUGAGCUAUUUGAAAUUCCGUGUGAGUUAUCAAAACAGAAUUUCGUCUACGUUUAUUGAAAGAAAGCUCGAAAAUAACUGCAAGAAAACAGACCUUUUACCAAGUAUAAACACGGACAACAGCAAUACAAAUAAAGCUUAACUUAACUCUAGAAAUUUGUGUCAGACGUUUUUCGAACAAGGGGAAGUGAAGAAUAUAUCACAAAUGCAAAUAAAGUAAUGAAGGAAAAAGGAAAUAAACAGGCGGACGAAGAAGAUUGGACAGACGAAUCUGACGUUUGUCUUGAAACACCGGAUUUUCCACGUCGUGGACGAACGUCACUCUGUCUUGCUGUCCGCGCAGCCGUCGCCCAAGAAGAUGACGUCGUAGAUUACGUCAAACAUGUGUUGAUUAUCUUUAGACGUUCAUCUACUGCCAUAGUGUGUCAUACAGUAUUAGCCAUUCUCGCAAUAUGUACUUUUACAAUAGGGGUGCUGCAGUACGGACAGUGCCCAUACGAGCCGGAGCUCCCGCUGUUCCUCGUGCUGCACGGGACAGCCGUUCUGGUCAAAACCUGUCUCCGAGUGGCCAGCUCCUUUCAUCGCCGACAUGCUGAAGAUAAUGAGCGCAACACGCUGGACACAAUUAAUGACGUCAUAUCCGUGUUCGUGGUGCUAUGGACUUUAACGGGUUCCGUGUGGACAUUCGGAAUUCUCAACCUCGUGGACAUCUCCAACCUCGAGGUCUCCAGAUACUGUGACAUGCUUGUGUUCAUGACAGCAUUUAUCUUGCUCGUUUUCCUGUACGCUUUGUUCCUUGCCGCGGUGACUGGCGUCAUCGCUUUGAUUAUAUAUUACAAGAUACAGACGAGAGACAAUAAGUCGCCGCUUCCAUAUAUUUCACAUACAACGAGAUAGCAUUAUUGUGAUAGUUAUCGAAGGUGCAUAUCGACGGUAUUUCGAAUAAAUAAAAUAUAUAAUUAAAAUGGUGGCAACUUUUAAUUAUUACUUUACCAUCUCAUUUAAUUGAUAUUGACUUUAUUUUUCUGUGAUUGAACCUUCUUUUACAAAUCUAAAUGCCGAAUUACCGUCGUUACGCAUUUAUAAAGCUUUUUAUCCCCCGCCAGAGGCGGAGGGAUAUUGUUUUGGCGUUGUCCGUCCGUCCGUCCGUCCGGCACUUUUGUGUCCGGAGCCAUAUCUUGGAAGUGCUUUGGCGGAUUUCAUUGAAACUUCGUAUGAGUAUAUAUAUGCAUAAGAGGAUGAUGCACACCAAAUGGCAUUGUACACCAUCUGUUAAAAACAGAGUUAUGGCCCUUUGUAUCUUGAAAAAAUGCUUUUUACUAUAGGUUCUUUUGUAUCCGGAGCCAUAUCUUGGAAGUGCUUUGGCGGAUUUAAUUGAAACUUGGUAUGAGUAUAUAUAUGCAUAAGAGGAUGAUGCACGCCAAAUGGCAUUGUACACCAUUUGUUAAAAACAGAGUUAUGGCCCUUUGUAUCUUGAAAAAAUGCUUUUUACUAUAGGCACUUUUGUGUCCGGAGCCAUAUCUUGGAAGUGCUUUGGCGGAUUUCAUUGAAACUUGGUAUGAGUAUAUAUAUAUGCAUAAGAGGAUGAUGCAGGCCAAAUGGCAUUGUAUACCAUCUGUUAAAAACAGAGUUAUGGCCCUUUGCAUCUUGAAAAAAUGUUUUUACUAUAGGCACUUUUGUGUCCGGAGCCAUAUCUUGGAAGUGCUUUGACGGAUUUCUUUGAAACUUGGUAUGAGUAUAUUAGCCUUGCCAGAGGCGGAGGGAUAUUGUUUUGGCGUUGUCCGGCCGGCUGUCCUUCCGUCCGUCACUUUUGUGUCCGGAGCCAUAUCUUGGAAGUGCUUUGGCAUAUUUCAUUGAAACUUCGUAUGAGUAUAUAUAAGCAUAAGAGGAUGAUUCACGCUAAAUGGCAAUGUACACCAUCUGUUAAAACCAGAGUUAUGGCCCUUUGUAUCUUGAAAAAAUGCUUUUUACUACAGGCACUUUUGUGUCCGGAGCCAUAUCUUUUUUAACAUAACAGAUGUUGUGUUCACUCUGCAACACUCUGAAAAUUGAGUGUUUAUAAACAUUGAAUGUUUUUGUGGAAAACGCACGACUUAUUAAUUCACCUAAAUAACCUUUUUUUGUCUUAGUUUUGUGUUAUUGUCCUCCGUCCGUCUAUCUAUCAUUAUGUUCAUCCGUCCAAUUUGCACCCAUCCUCAAACAAAGCAUAUGUUGCGGGGGAUACCUUGGGCCUUUCAGGCCCUCUUGUUUAAUUUGUUAUUUAUUCAUUAUGAACUAUUUGAGAUGUCGUGUAUAUUUAACGUGUUUAGCAUUCUCUAGAAGCAAUGUGCGUGUAAGAGUUUUCUUUCUUUGAUACCAAGCCUAUGUAGUAUGAUAAAUAUUUGUUCAUAAGUGGUUAUAGUUGUUACACAUGACCGAAAUAUUCCAUUAACACGGACUUCUCUUAAAAGACUAAACACUUUGUUUAUAUUACAAGUACAAAUAAUGAAAAAAACAACAUGAUUGUUUAAGCUCCGUUUUUGUAAUUUUUCUACUUUUGCGUUAUGUCAACUUCUCAUCAAUUUCUAGUCUGAUGUACAUAUAGUCUGAAGUGCAACGAACUUUCAACCAAAUCAUAACGCUGCAUCGUAUUUUCCAACAUGUCAUUAGCUCAGCAUUAAAAGACGUGUCGUGUAAUCUUACUUUCCAAACAGAUAGAUAAAUAGUGAAACAUAAAAUUCAUACGCGAAUUCCUUAUCAUGCAAAUCUCGCAUAUGCAGUCAUCUGUUCAUUGCGCUACAAUACAAACAUGUGUAUCUAAGGUGUUUUUGUAUCGUAAUUUAUUGCACGCGCUUCAUGUCCCAAGUGAUCGAUGACAUACGUAGAUUGUUUAACGUUAUCUUUAUGAUUAUAAAUGAGCCACGCUCUCAGAAAACCGGGCGUUUUGCAAGUGCUUUAACCCUUUGCAUGCUGGGAAAUUUGUCGUCUGCUAAAAUGUCUUCUGCUGAAUUUUUAAAAUUAGCAUUUUCUUCGAUUUUUUUCAAAGAAUACUAUCAGAAUAGCAAACAGUUUGGAUCCUGAUGAGACGCCACGUUUUGUGGCGUCUCAUCUGGAUCUUAACUGUUUGCAAAGGCCUUUACAAUUCGGUUCCCGCACUGAAAGGGUUAAGUGUCGGCCCAGAUUAGCAUGUGAAGUCCGCACAGGCUUAUCAUGGACGAUACUCUCCACAUUGACUAGAUUUUUUUAAACAAAACAUUAAAUGAAAGCGGAAAGUUUCGACCUUAGUAGCCUGCGCAGGCGAUUCUUCAUCAUAAUUUACGCAUUUGCAUUACGUCCGGUCUUAUGAAAGCGAGGUUAAAAUACCAUAUCUAGUAUUUGUACACUACAUUGCUUUAUUUUGUUAGCAAUCAUACUCUUGUUGUUCCCCUUAUUAUAAUUGGGAUGUUAUGGUAUGCAUUUCAAGUGUCAAAAACACCAUAAUAGCAUUAUGGUUUUAAAGUUGUACAAAGCAAUCACAGCUGAAGGUGGUUCUGUUGGAAAUUGUUUUAUCAAAGCUAUUGGGUAUGCUUUCAUAUCAUAUGAACGUUGGUUUUAGGUUUGAGUGUGAGAGUUUUCUGAACCGGUAUCAAAGAACAUGCAUUGAACUAUAAGAUAUGUUAAUGACAAACAAUAUUUGUAUACAUGUUCAAUCCAAAUGUAUUAUACGUGUCCUUAAAAUGGAAAAGACGACCCAUUGAGAUUGUUCGAUGCUUUAAAAUUUAAACACUUCCGUUUACUGUGCAAUUAUUGAUUGUUUAUUAUUGAACAGUUCAAGUGUACAACCUAAGUCAUGUUUUAUCUAUUACUAUAAACAAAUAUUUAUUUGAAAAAAAAACAUCGAACGUUUUUACAAGUAUACAUAUAGACCGUCUCCGUUGCUUAGUUCGCCUUCGGAGCUGGAGGUUGAAGGUUUGCUGAUUGCCGACCCCUCAGCCAAAUAAAUCGACGUGAACAUGUUGCCCUAUUUAUAAAUUAUUAAUACAAAUUAAUAAUAAAUAAGUUUAUUAUGAGUGCGUUUUGCGCGUGUAGAAUUAUGUAUACAAAUCCGCAUCGACAUGGUAUAAAAAACGGUAAUAUGCGGAUACAGCUGAAACGCUGAGAUUGAAAGUUAAUGAUAAUGCGUUAUUGUGUUACUUUUACUUCUAUUAUGCUGAUGUAAACACAAUAACACCUAAAGGGAACAGUACAAAAACAUAUACACUUUUUAACAGCUAAAUUAUUUGAACUUAUUCAUACAGUAUUAAUAGUAAACAGUUAAUAUAAUAUAUUGCUAAAAGAAGAAUUAUAAAUCUGUGCUCGUACUAUUUCCAUUCCAUUGAGAGUAUCUAACACAAACGUUGUUAGGGGAAAUAUGUUAUACCGCUGCUUAUGUAUAUCGCCUUGACGGUGGCAAGUGCUUAGAUUGAUUUCCUCGCUUUCCUCACGAAGAAUGUCGAAUAAAGGUCGAAAUUCCGUUAGAGCCAGGUUAAACAUAUAUCGUAUAAUACAUUUUGUUAUAUGCAUAUUAUUAAUAAUGUGUGAAUUCGUGUUGGGCUGUGCAUCAAAAAAUUAUAGUCGUGCUGUAAAUUUGUAAUUUAUUCCUGCCUAUAAUUGUACAUGCAAUUCGUUGUUGACUGCAUACGUUAUACACUAUGUCUAUAUCUUAUUGUAUACCAUGCAUUUCGACUGCUUAAAAUGAAUAAACUCAUGUUAACGAAA